GCCUAAUGUGCACUCAUGAUAUCAUUGUGACACGAACGGCUCGCCGCGCACCAUCAACUUAGGCUCAUCGUCUACGUAUCAGCUGUAUUGACAUUUUAUCAUGCCUGUUGUUUCGGUCGGUAUGCCUCUGGGACCGGGGUGCUCAACUUGCGGUUAUUGUGGACCACUAGGAGAGCGAAGUAGUACCGAGACUAGCUUCAAGAAAGCAGGGUUUAUCGCGUCUCAACUGUCGUGCAGAGUCUAUCAAAAGAUGAUCUACCGAGGAUGGAGACGAUCUGGAACAUAUUGUUAUGCUCCUGAUCUAAGACGCUCGUGUUGUCCACAGUACACUAUCAGGCUUGAUGCGAUAGCAUUUAAGCCCUCUCGUAGCCAAAGAAAAAUCAUCAACCGAUGGAAUCAUUUUGUUAUGCAAGGUCACAAAUCAGAGGCUAGUAAUUUACUGCUACUACAGGGUAUAUCGUCUUCCCCGAAGCCACCCAAAUCAGAGGGUAAUGCUUCAAAACGCGAUCCUCCAAUUUUUUCUCUGUCUACCUCGAUACACGCCGCUGAGUCUGACUUCAUUUCUCCAAAUGCAACAGUCCGCCAUACAUUUAAGGUGACGCUCGAACCAUCAACCUACUCGGAAGAGAAAUAUGCGCUUUAUCUGCUAUACCAAAGAGAGGUUCACCACGACCCAUACAACACACCAGAAGACUUCAAGCGUUUCCUUGUAAAAAGCCCUCUAAUAAAUGAACCUAUCCCAUAUACUACAAGCCCACCUGACCAUCUUCCGUCACAAUAUGGUUCUUUCCACCAGAUGUACCGCCUUGACGGCGAAUUAAUCGCCGUGGGUGUCAUUGACAUCUUGCCUGAAUGCGUCUCCAGCGUGUAUUUCAUGUACGAUCCAAAGCACGACAAAUAUUCCCUUGGGAAGCUCAGUGCAAUCCGAGAGGCCUCAUUGGCUAGAGAAAUACAUAAUGCAGGUGCCAUCAGCAUGACAUCACUUGCCAUGGGGUUUUACAUCCACUCUUGCCAAAAAAUGAAGUACAAGGGCGGGUAUUCGCCUUCAUAUCUCGCCGACCCUGAAAAAUUUACGUGGUUUCCUUUGGCGGAUUGUAUUCCGCAAUUAGAAAAGUAUCGCUAUGCCGCUUUCGUGCACCCCGAAAAUUCGUUGGAAGGUCCACAGGAUCCUGGCGAAGGCCCUCCUGUUCACGUCUCGGAGGAGUUACUCGAUGAAGUGAUGGUCAUUUAUUCCAUGCAACAGGGGGCGAUAUCCAUAAUCCCCAUUAAUUUAUCUCACCAGUGGAACGAUGAAUAUAAUCGCGAGGAGAUUUUAAGUUGCGUCAAUGCGCUAGGAGAUGAGUUGGCAAGGGAGAUCAUAUUUCGGUAAUAGACGUUGAUGCGACAUCUCUGUUUUUUUCUCUGCGGUACAUGGCUAGAUUAAGUAGGCUUCGGCAUCUGCAAGCCAAGAGUCCAAGACCUUUAUAGUGUUAGUCAGCAC